CUCUCUCUAUAAAAUGCCCCCACCUCAACACAUCUAUCCACCACCACCACCACCACCACCACCGCUACAACCACCGUCGCCACCGAAAACACUCACUUCACACCAAUUAUACACACUCAAAGAUCUCACAUUUAUAUUAAAAAAAAAAAAAGGAAAAUCAAACAAUAUUAAAAAGAUCAUCGACGAUGGCCAUUUACGGGGCGGCAGUAGCGGAGCAACCAUCGCAGCCGCAGCGAUCGCCGUGGCACUCGCCGGUGCCGUACCUAUUCGGAGGACUGGCGGCCAUGCUGGGCCUCAUUGCUUUCGCUCUCUUGAUCCUGGCCUGCUCCUACUGGAAGCUCUCCGGCUACCUCGAGAACCGCGGCGGCGACGCCGCCGAGAGGGACCUCGAGGCGGGGGAGACAGAAGACGGCGGAUCCAAGACGGCGGCGCCGGUGAUGGAAGAGAAGUUCCUGGUGAUCAUGGCCGGACAAGAAAAGCCGACUUUCUUGGCAACUCCGAUGUCAAGUAGGGCAUCAUCGUUUGGUAGUAAGAGCACGUGCAGCACGUGCAGCAGUGAGAAUAAUAGUACUUUGUUGUCGGAACAAGAUUGUGAUGAAGAGAAGAACAUUGAAAUUGGAAACAUGGCUUCCCAUCAUGAAUCUGCUGUAUCUUCAUCUGCAGAUCAGGUCCAUUGAUUUUUUUUUUUUUUUGUUUUUUGGGUAAUUUAAUUACCCCCUUGUGGGAAUUAAAUUUGAGAAUUUGGAAAAGGAUUUGCAUGUAGAAUUAAUUUGGUAGGAGUAAUUAUUUUUGUUUAUUGUGUUAGCAAUUUUACAUAUAUUGAGUGUAAAUAAUAUUUGGAGGACGAAUUUAAUGGGAAAAUAUAUAUUUAUUAUAUA